AUGGAGGUGGAAUGGAAUGACGAAACACUUAACAAAUUCUACAGUUAUUUAUACAGUACAGUUAGCUACGAAAAAUGCUUGGAACUAGAAAAGGAUAUAAGAAUAGAAACAGGCACAGAAAGUAGACUAACUAGGAAUUGUGAUUCAUGUGGAAAUGAUCAUGACAAAAUAAAUAUAAGUUCAUUCAAGUUUAAAAAGGAUGAGGAUGAUAUGUUAGGUGAAAUAUUAGAUAAUGAAAAAGAUAAAGAAAAUAUAAAAAAUUCUGUAGCUACUUUAACACAGAGAGCUUUUUCUAUUUAUACUAAUGUAGUAACUAAAGCAAAAUCAAUAGGAGACAACAAAAUAAAUUUAAAAAUAGAUCAUUUUUUAAGAACAGAUAUUUUUAGGCUUGUUUUUACAAAGUACAUUAUUUCUAAUGUAAAGUCCAAAAUUAAAGAAAUACAUUGUAAGAAUACAAAAAAUAUAGUUUCACUAGCAAAUCCUUUAAAUAUAAAAGAAUAUGACUUAAAUAAAAUAAACACAGACACAAUGGCAAAUUUAAUGAAUAAUAAUGUAGGUAUUCAAAAGAACUUUGUAGGUAAAGAGUAUAUGAAACUAAUAUAUGAUGAGCUCGUGUUUAUUGAAUAUAAUAACCAAUUUAACGAAUUUAGUAGAGAAUAUAGAAAUAUUAGAACUGAUUUUUAUUGUUGGGUUUAUAUAACAAGCUUAGAUAGAGAAAAACAAAAGGGAUUAUAUAAAUUAUUAAAAGAGUUAUCACUAAUUCCGUAUGAAUUAAAUAAAAAAGCAAAUUUAUCUUUACAAAUAUGUACAUUAUUUCAAUUUUUAUAUUUCUCUCCGAAUAAGUCUUAUUUAAAAAAGCAUUCCGAAGGUGGAUAUGACAAUUUCGAUAACGGGAAAAAAAUUACAUGUAUUUAUAUUCCCCUAAUACAUUCAGGGAAUGACUUAGAAAUUAAAAUAUACAGAAAUGAAUGUUCUAAUAUGAAUGAAAUGGGAAAAACAAUUACUAAUCAUAAUAAUAUGAACAUGCCAAAUAAUAACGACAAUAUUCCUCUUCAAGUGAUAAAACCUGAAAGUGAUUCUCUCAUUUUUUUGCAAACAAGAAAUAUCUCUUAUGAGGUUACAAAAACAAAAAAUAAAUUUUUCAUCGUCCACCUUUCAAUUCCAGGUCCCCUUUCGUCAGACAGAAAUAUGUAA